AUGGCUGAGGACGCCUCGUUCCCGCCCGCCGCCUCUUCGCUUAUUCCAUCUACUGGUGACACAAGAAGCUGCGUGGGCCCUUCUUCUCCCACAGGCAGCAGCUACGAAUUACAUCACUUUCGCCAGGACACAGCGACAGCCGCCUCAGAUGACGAGCGCGAUCUCUCAGCACAUCCCACAGAGAACUCUUCUCCGUCUGUCGAGAUAAGGAUGUCGCGCGCGCCGCUGCUGGUGCGAUCGUCCCCAGCGCAGGGCACAGGGUCCUAUGGAGGUUUGCCCAUUCUCUCGUUGAGUCCCAGUGAGUCCGAAGAGGAUCAUGUGACCAGCGCCGCACGUCAUGGAAAAAAGAAAGGGAAGAGCAAGCUUGCAAUCGCCGUCUCGAACACAUCCCUGAGAAGCAACCAUGGAUCGGCACGGAGCUCGCCCAUUCUCACCAAUUCUGCAUCCAGACGGAGACUGAGAGACGCAAGCGGUAGCAACACAACGCUCAACGAGGAGCUUGGAGGAUCUGAAGCGUCUCAUAUCGAAGCCCGUUUCAAUGCGAGCGCAUUGGAUCCAUCGAUAGCUGGAGCAUCGCCAGUACUCGGGAGCACAAAUUCAUCAACGAGCAGCACCAAUAUUGAUAUUGACGAUGACGACGACGAGGACGAUGUUGAUGAUGGCGAAGAUCUGCACGAUCAGAAAGGCAAUCCGUCCGACAACUCCCCGUACGCCCAAGUACGAGCGUCCGUGGCUGCUACCGAUGACAUUUCUUUAUCUAUUGAUACACCACGGAUGUGGUUUCUGUCCUUGAUUUUCGCUAUUGCUGGUUCCUCAACCAACUUGUUCUUCUCCCUACGAUACCCUAGCGUCAGUCUCACCCCUAUUAUUGCGUUAUUGCUUGUUCACCCUCUGGGCCUAUUCUGGGACCAGGUUCUCAAAUGGCCUGAUGAUCCUGAAGAAACUUUCGUCGAUGGCUGCCGAGUCAGCCUUGCGCUACCACCUAACACACCUUGGCUACGCCGUUUCCGCCUCUAUCUUGCAAAGGGCCGAUGGAACGAAAAAGAGCACUGUUGUGUUUAUGUCAGCAGCAACGUGUCUUUUGGGUUUGCAUUUGCUACAGAUGUCAUUGUUGAGCAAGUGAAGUUUUAUCAUCAAGAUCUGGGCAUCAUGUACCAGGUCUUGCUCAUUCUGUCUACGCAGAUUCUUGGAUAUUCCCUUGCUGGACUCACAAGACGAUACCUCGUUCGACCGAGUGGCAUGAUCUGGCCAAGCACCCUAGUCUCAACAGCCAUGUUUACCGCUUUGCACAAGGAGGAAAACAAGCCUGCAGACGGAUGGACUAUAUCGCCACGGAAGUUCUUCACGCGUGUCUUUUCCGGCUCAGUUGCUUUCUACUUUCUGCCUGGACUUCUGUUCCCUGCCCUUAGCUACUUCAGCGUCAUCACCUGGUUUGCACCCAAAAACGUGAUAAUCGCCAACCUUUUUGGAGUCUCAUCUGGCCUGGGUUUGUUUCCAGUAACAUUCGACUGGGCGCAGAUUGCCUACAUUGGAUCUCCGCUUGUGACACCAUUUUGGGCUGCACUUAACAUUCUCGGUGGUCUCGUGCUCGUAAUGUGGAUUGCAGCGCCACUGAUGUACUAUGCUAAUGUCAUGUACUCCUCCUACAUGCCAAUUCUCUCAGCUGCGGUUUGGGAUAAUACUGGCCGUCCGUACGAUGUCAGCAAGAUAUUGACCAGUGAUUUCUUGUUCGACGAAGAGGCAUACAAGAAUUACAGUCGGGUGUUUCUCCCUAUUACUUACGUGCUCAGCUAUGCGCUUCAAUUCGCUGCUCUCACAGCUCUACUGUCACAUACGGCUCUUUGGCACGGCAAGGAUAUCUGGAGGCAGUGGAGCCGCUCAUGGGCAGAAAUUCGAAAGACACCCACGACCGGGUACGAGCCUCUGAGCAACCUUCCCGAGAGCAACGGACGCUCUUCCUCUCCCAACGUUUACCGCCAUAGAAACAGCACGACAUCUGAGCCUGAUAUGGAAGACCUUUUGGAUGCUGAAGAUGUACACAACCGACUCAUGCGAAGAUAUCCGGAUGCACCGAUGGCUUGGUACCUCCUUACUGGCGUUGCCAUGGCGGCUGUUGGCAUGUAUGUGGUCGAGUACUACCCUGUACACCUUCCUUGGUAUGGUCUUUUGCUGGCUCUCGGCAUCGGCGCGAUCUUGUUCAUUCCCAUCGGCAUCGUCAUGGCCAUCACAAACCAGCAAAGCAGCAUCUAUCUUAUUUGCCAGUUAAUCUGCGGCGGGGUGUUCCCCGGUCGACCUGUUGCUAAUAUGGUUUUUACUACCUUUGGAUACAUCUCGUCAACCCAGGGCCUGAAGUUUGCAUCCGAUCUCAAGCUUGGUCAUUACAUGAAGAUUCCACCAAGAUUGUUGUUCAGAUUACAACUCUCAGUAACCGUCGUCUCCAGUCUUACGCAAAUUGGCGUUCUAAAUUGGAUGCUGAACUACAUCCCUGGUAUAUGCACUCCACAAGCCAUCAACGGCUUCAACUGCCCAAUCGCUCGUGUCCACUUCAAUGGCAGCAUACUUUGGGGUGUCGUAGGACCCAAACGCUUCUUCGGCCCCGGCGCCCUCUACCGUCCAUUGGUCUGGGCAUUCCUUGUCGGCGCUGUCUCCCCUAUAAUCCUUUGGUACUUUGCCCGCAAGGACCGCAAGUCCAUCCUCCGAAAGGUCAAUCUUGCUGUCGUAUUUGGCAGCCUGAGUUGGAUUCCACCCGCCACAGGUCUGAACUUCUCCGUCUGGGCCAUCGUUUGCUACAUUUUCAACUACGAGAUCCGCAACCGCAGGAAGAACUGGUGGAGGAAAUACAACAUGAUGCUGAGCGCUGCUCUGGACUCGGGUCUUGCGUUUGGUGUCGUGGUUAUCUUUUUUGGAAUCGUCUUCCCCGGAUGGAUGAAAGGAUUCAAAUGGUGGGGUACGGAGGUGUACAAACAGGGUUGUGACUACACCGCCUGUUCGUACAAGGAAGUACCCAAGGGAUCGAUCUUUGGACCGAGCGAUUGGUGA